CGCCCAUUUCGACAGUGGUUGCAGUGACAUGACAUCCCUUCUCCAUCUUCUUCAUCUUUGUCUAUACAUACACUCUGUAUGUAUGUAAAACCUUCAAUCCCCGCUCUCUCUCUCUCUCUCUCUCUCUAUCUAUAUAUACAUACGCGCACACGCACACACACUCUUGUAAUCUGACCAGAAGGUGACCGAGAAAUCUCCGGCAAAGUGACCCUGAAAUCUGCAGCAAAGGGGAGAAGAUGAGCACGGUGGAUAAGAUGCUGAUAAAGGGUAUCCGGAGUUUCGACCCGGAGAACAAGAACGUCAUCACCUUCUUCAGGCCGCUAACCCUCAUUGUGGGACCCAACGGCGCCGGAAAAACUACCAUUAUCGAGUCCUUGAAGCUGGCUUGUACUGGCGAGUUGCCCCCAAAUGCCCGCUCUGGUCAUAGCUUCAUCCAUGACCCCAAGGUUGCAGGGGAGACAGAAACAAAGGGUCAGAUAAAGCUUCGCUUCAAGACAGCAGCUGGUAAGGAUGUGGUGUGUAUAAGGUCAUUUCAGCUGACUCAGAAGGCAUCAAAGAUGGAAUACAAGGCAAUUGAGAGUGUGCUUCAAACAAUUAAUCCUCAUAGUGGAGAGAAAGUUUGCCUAAGCUAUAGAUGUGCUGACAUGGAUCGGGAAAUUCCUGCUCUUAUGGGUGUUUCAAAAGCUAUCCUUGAAAAUGUUAUAUUUGUGCAUCAAGAUGAGGCCAAUUGGCCAUUGCAAGAUCCUUCUACUUUGAAAAAGAAGUUUGAUGAUAUAUUUUCGGCAACUAGGUACACAAAAGCCCUUGAGGUAAUUAAAAAGCUUCACAAGGAACAGGCUCAAGAGAUAAAGACUUACAAGCUAAAGUUGGAGCAUCUUCAAACAUUGAAAGAUGCUGCAUAUAAGCUCCGUGAAAGCAUAUCCCAGGAUCACGAGAAAACAGAAGCAUUAAAGAGUCAAAUGCAGGAGCUAGAAAGAAACAUACAGAACAUGGAUGCUAAGAUCCAUCACACUGAAUUAACAUUAAAAGAUCUGCGGAAACUUCAGGAACAGAUAUCAACCAAGACUGCUGAGAGAAGCACUUUAUUCAAGGAGCAGCAGAAACAGUACGCAGCUCUUGCUGAGGAGAAUGAAGACACGGACGAAGAGUUGAAGGAAUGGAAAACCAAGUUUGAGGAAAGGAUUGCACUUCUGGAAUCUAAAAUUAGCAAGCUGGAGAGGGAAAUGAAUGACACAGACACAAAAAGUUCUUUCCUUAAGCAGACAAUUAAUGACUAUAUCUGGGAGAUCAGCAAACUUCUGACUGAGGCUGAAGCUCAUGUCUCUUUGAAGAAUGAACGAGACUCAAUUAUUCAAAAGCUUUUUUCAAGGCAUAAUUUAGGCUCUCUUCCAAGUGUCCCAUUCAGCAAUGAAGUUGCUUUGAACCUCACUAACCGCAUCAAAUCAAGGUUAACAUACCUUGAGAAGGACUUGGAAGACAAAAAGAAAUCAAAUGAAUUAGAACUUAAGGUGGCAUUGGAUCGCUAUAUGGGUGCAAAUGACCGCUGGAAAGACAUUGAGGCUCAAAAACAAGCUAAGAUAGAGAUCAAGAGUGGUAUUCUGAAACGUAUAGAAGAGAAGGAGAAUGAACGUGAUUCAUUUGAACUCCAAAUUUCUAACGUGAAUCUCGUACAUAUUGACGAGAGAGAAAAGAACAUGCGUGUUGAGGUAGAGAGAAAGACGAAGCAACUUGCUGAAAGAGAAUUUGAAUCAAAUAUACGCCAAAAACAGGGUGAGAUUUAUGCCAUUGAACAGAGAAUUAAAGCUCUUAACCGUGAGAAAGAUAUCAUGGCUGCUGAUUCUGAGGAUAGAGUUAAAUUGUCUCUAAAGAAGGCAGAGUUGGAAAAUCUGAAGAAUAAGCAUAAAAAGAUAAUGGGUGAAUGCAAAGAUAGAGUUAGGGGAGUGCUUAAGGGAAGACUUCCUCCUGACAAGGAUUUGAAAAAAGAAGUUGCACAAGCCCUAAGGGCUCAUGUAAUUGAGUUUGAUGACUUGAACUCUAAAUCACGCGAGGCUGAGAAGGAGGUGAAUAUGUUGCAGAUGAAAAUACAAGAAGUUAAUAGUAACUUGACCAAACUUCACAAGGAUAAGGAUUCUAGAAAGAGAUUUAUUGAAUCAAAACUCCAAUCUUUGAAUCAGCAGUUCUCUGGCAUUGACUUUUAUCCUCAAGUUUUGGAUUCAGCCAAGGAAAAAAGAGAUGUGCAGAAAAGCAAAUACAACAUUGCUGAUGGUAUGCGGCAGAUGUUUGAUCCUUUUGAAAGAGUUGCUCGUGCUCAUCAUAUUUGUCCUUGCUGUGAGCGCCCUUUCUCUGCUGAAGAGGAAGACAACUUUGUUAAAAAGCAAAGGGUGAAGGCUGCAAGUUCUGCUGAGCAUAUGAAAGUGUUGGCCGUAGAGUCUUCAAGUGCUGAUUCCUUCUUCCAGCAGUUAGACAAGCUUCGUGUGGUAUAUGAAGAAUAUGCUAAAAUUGGCAGGGAAACAAUUCCUCUUGCAGAGAAAAAUUUGAAUGAACUAAAUGAGGAAUUGGAUCAAAAAUCUCAGGCACUUGAUGAUGUUUUGGGUGUCUUGGCUCAAAUAAAGGCUGAUAAGGAUUCUGUUGAGGCCUUGAUGCAACCUGUAGAAACUGUUGAUAGGCUUUACCAGGAAAUACAUGCUCUGCAAAAGCAAGUUGAUGAUUUGGAGUAUAAGCUUGAUUUUCGGGGGCAAGGUGUUAAGUCUAUGGAGGAUAUUCAGUUGGAGCUGAACAACUUGCAGAGCACAAAAGAUAGUUUGCAUAAUGAUCUGGAAAAGUUAAGAGAUGAACAAAGGUAUAUGGAAAAUGACCUGUCAAGUAUUCAGAUACGAUGGCAUACCACAAGGGAAGAGAAGGUGAAAGCAGCUAAUACAUUGCGUGAUGUAAAAAAGGCAGAGGAGGAGUUGGAUCGUUUGGCAGAGGAGAAAAGUCAAGUUGAGCUUGAUGAGAAGCAUUUGGCAGAGUCCCUUGGCCCUUUAUCCAAGGAAAAAGAGAAAUUGCUUAGUGACUACAACGAUUUGAAAGUCAAGCUUAAUUGUGAAUAUGAGGAGCAGGCUGAAGUCAGAAGAAAUUAUCAACAAGAAAUUGAGACACUUAUUAGAGUGACUUCCAAGAUUAAAGAGUACAAUGAUUCAAGAAAAGGGGAGAGGCUGAAGGAACUGCAAGAAAAACAGACUCUAUCUGAAUCUCAACUUCAAAGUUGUGAUGUCAGGAAACAGGAGAUUUUGGCUGAGCUAAACAAAAGUAAAGAUUUGAUGCGAAAUCAAGAUCAGUUAAGACGUAAUAUUGAGGACAACUUGAAUUAUAGGAAAACGAAGGCUGAAGUAGAUGAGCUCACUCAUGAGAUUGAAUCACUGGAAGAGAAAAUACUUAAGAUUGGUGGAGUUUCAACCAUUGAAUCUGAUCUUGUAAAAUUGUCUCAAGAAAGAGAGAGGCUUCUUUCAGAGUUAAACAGGUGCCACGGUACAAUGUCUGUAUAUCAGAGCAAUAUUUCAAAGAAUAAAGUUGAUCUUAAACAAGCACAGUACAAGGAAAUUGACAAACGGUACUUUGAUCAGCUUAUCCUGCUCAAGACAACCGAGAUGGCAAACAAGGACCUGGAUAGAUAUUACAAUGCUCUGGACAAAGCACUUAUGCGCUUCCACACAAUGAAAAUGGAAGAAAUAAAUAAAAUUAUAAGGGAAUUGUGGCAGCAAACUUACAGAGGUCAGGAUAUAGAUUAUAUAAGCAUUCAUUCAGAUUCAGAAGGUGCUGGAACUCGAUCUUACAGUUACAGGGUCCUAAUGCAAACUGGUGAUGCAGAGCUAGAAAUGCGAGGAAGGUGUAGUGCUGGUCAAAAGGUCCUUGCUUCUCUUAUUAUACGGUUAGCAUUAGCCGAGACUUUUUGCCUCAACUGUGGUAUACUAGCACUUGACGAACCAACCACCAACUUAGAUGGCCCGAAUGCAGAGAGUCUGGCUGCAGCUCUCUUGAGAAUCAUGGAGGACCGAAAAGGCCAAGAAAAUUUCCAACUGAUAGUAAUCACUCACGAUGAGCGAUUUGCUCAACUUAUUGGCCAACGCCAGCAUGCAGAAAGAUAUUACCGGGUCUCAAAAGAUGACCAUCAGCACAGCAUUAUUGAAUCCCAGGAGAUCUUCGAUUGAAACUCAUCACAACCUUAUGAAGUUGAAGAAGUAUCCCAGCCGACUUCUAAUAAAGCAUUUCUUGGAGGCCAAGAACAGCCGAAGCAUUAAGAAAAGUGCGAAAGUCAAAAGUCAAGUUUUCUCAGAACUUCAUCCCCAAGCAAACAACUCUUAUCCUUAUCCUAUAGGCCCUAUAUAUAUAUAAGUACUUAUGAUGAUGAUUUGUCAAGCACACAAUUUGAAGCAAAAAUGACCGAGAUUGAAACCCAUCUUCCAUCUGAUGUUCCUCCGCCGCCGCCGCCUCCCGGAGGGCAAGAUGGCCGCGUUGACGGCGGCCACCACCACGGUCGCGGCUGGGGCCACCACCACCGUGGCCGGUGGCACCGCUGCCACCACGGCCAUGGCAGGGGGCACCAUGGCCCCCCCAAUCCGGAUGGUGGCAACUACUACAUAGGGGGUCCAGAUGGCAGCGGCCGCGGGGGAGCUCCUGAGGGUGGCUGGCGGGGCAGAGGUUGCUGGAGACGCCGGUGGGGCAGAGGCGGAGAGCGUCACCAGCAUGGAGGACGUGAAGAAGGCCAUGGCAGGGCGGAGAACCGGGAGCUAGUCAUCGUGGAAGAAUACAAUCCUUUCGAAUGAAUAGAGAAGGCCUGAUCUGUAGACAUAUAGACCAUUAUGUAUGAAUAAUGAGCCGAGGGAUGUAUUGAGCUCUUAUGUAUUGUACAAUGUCUUUGGAGUUAUUUUGCCUCUUUUUCUCUAUGCUUCUUGCUCUUGUAAACACUAAUCACAGUCCAUAAUAAAUGGAAGAUUUCUAA